AUGCGGGGGCCUUUCUUGAUUACGCGGCUUUUUCUGAAACGCAAGACACCGUCGACAGUGAACAGCGAGGUCAGUGUGCUCUCGUCUGUCACAAACGCCCCUUUUUCUCCAUCAUGUCAGGCCAUACUGCGAUCGGUGGCGAGGGCGCGACACUACGUGAAGAGGUACUGGGUGACGCUGCCACAGUCACGCCGCACCUGCAACGCGGUGGUGCUCCCUGGCGAGUCCCCGACGGUGUUGCACCUAAGCGUGGAAAAGGUUGUGCCCUUCACAGCACUGCCAAAGAAGACACAGAAGCGCAUCAUGGAUGAGCACCCCCCGUUCUUCGGCUCUGGUGUUGGUAUUCUUUCCACGCGCAUGAAAUGGAAGGCCGUUACGGCGGAGCGCCUCCUGCGGCUCCUCAACGAAGAUGAAGAAGACCGUGCCUUGUACAUUGACGUCGCCGUUGCGCCUGAGCUGGGUGUGAAGGUGGCGACGAAGGACACCAUAGAUAUCCGGAAGCAAAGCUCAAUUUCAGUGUACAGUGCGGAGCAACUGGAUGACCCGUACAAGGGGGAGCCACAAAAAGGGGUGGCCUUGAAUGCCGUGACAGGAAAAAGGCUUGGGCAGCCGGCGCACGAUAUCCUUCUUGCGGUUGGUAUUAUGCGUGGAUACACCUCACCCAUGUGGGUGGCAGAAAAGCAGCUCAAGCAUCUGAACUUGGAGGUGCGCGGGAAAUGCGAAGGGGAGGGUGUGCUAGCCCCUAAUAUGACGGGAUUGAUUAUCUCCCUCUCCCAGCUUCCAAAAGACGCACAACAGAUGUUGUUAAAGCAGCUGCGCGAGGCCCACCCCGACGCCUUUGGGUAUGACCUGUACUUUCUUUACAAUGUCAAUGGAUGGGAGGUGAUGCGGUCACGCGUGCUCGUGAAGCACAUGGCCGCCGUGAACGAUCCUCAAUACCCCUACCACUUUGUUAACCUUCGAGAUUUUGGACUACAACAUAUAAACUUCGCCAGGGUUGCUCGUGAGUGGCAAAAGAAACUGAGGCCCUUGGGCCCGAAAAUGAUGGAUGCGUCGACGACGCAAGACGACCAAGCCGAUGUGGCAAGGAAAGAGGGGAGGGGGCUUGCCAUUCAGGCUGUUCGCUUCCCAGGCGGAAAUUCCCCAAAGCGUGGGCACGCAAGAGUAUUUUUUGCGGAGGAUGCCACGCUUCGCCGCUACUACAACGCCGUCUGCUUGUCAGAGCCCCACUUGGCCGUUCCCGCGGUGCGUUCCGUCGCUAUUCUAAAUGGCAAGCUUGUUGGUCGCCGCGAUGAGGCCAAGCUGCGUUCCUUUGCCCUCAAGCACAAGCUUUCUAGCCCAAUUUGGCUGACACCAGUGGGUGCCCGGCGCAUGGGCGUCGGAAUAGAGAAGAAGUACCGCAGCAAGUUUGUCGCGAUUGGGGCGGGGGCCGUGGAGGAUCAGGGCGACGCCGCCGCCGAGGAGUUUUACAACUUGGACGACUUUGCCGACCCUAAUGAGAUUCUCGCUAUUUUCCCAAAGAAAAGUAAAUCGGUGCACUUUUUGCUGGACUCUAAGUGGCGUCCUGUGUUGGGUAAACAGCGUCAAGACUACCUGGCCUCGCUGAGGCGCGCGACACCGCUCUGGGUCUCGGUGAACGAGUGCCUCAUGUCUGGUUUCGAGCCCAAACCUGGCUCCCAGCCCCUCUCCUUCCCGGCGGCAAGGAAGUCAGGCGACUCUUCUGGGGGCGUAAAGCUGUACAACUCUCAGUUUACAACGGAUCCAGUUCGCGUUAUAGGAUUAGCCACGGUCUACACAAGGCCCCAAGGUAACAGUCUGUGA